CAAUCCAAUGCUAUCACCUCCCAUCUGCCUCCUCUUCCUCGCUCCCUCCCUCUCCCGCUCUCCCUCCCUCUCAGCUGUCUCACUCAUUCUCGGAGUAGCACACCAAAGUGGAUAACGUCUCCUGCAGCCGGCAGCACAGACUCAUUUCUCCACACACCAGCUCUGAGUGGAUACUCAGCAGGGGUGUUUGAGAUAUUAGCGCGCUGUGGGGGAACGGCUCAGGGACCUAUUCCAUCCACCUACGAAAGGAGGAAUAUGGGCAAAUCGGAAAGCCAAAUGGAUAUCAUGGAGAAAUCAGGUAAACUUGGAAAGCGUCGCUGGACCGUUGCAGAAAUCGGUCUCUCCGUGCUGCUGUUGUUGGUCAGCUGUGCUUUGGCCGGGCUGGUUGUCCUCUACACAUCAGCACUGAAAGAACAAUCCAGCAGGCCAAGUGUCUCCUUGAGCUCAACAGGUGAAGGCCAGCUGUUUGGCUCCAGCCUCAACAAUGUGUGCACAACUGCGGACUGUGUUACUGCAGCUGCUCGCCUCUUGCAGAACAUGGAUAAGUCUGUGAAGCCUUGUGAUAAUUUCUACCAGUACGCCUGCGGGGGUUGGCUGGAGCGUCACGUCAUCCCCGAGACGAGCUCCCGACACAGCGUUUUCGACAUUCUGAGAGACAAGCUUGAGAUUGUCCUCAAAGGUGUUCUUGAGACAGUGAAUGAAGAGGACAGAGACGCCAUCAAGAAAGCUAAAGUACUUUACACAUCCUGCAUGAAUGACAGUCUCAUCGAGCAGCGCGACUCACAGCCCCUCCUGAAGCUCAUUGACAGUGUCGGGGACUGGCCUGUGGCAUCAGAGUACUGGAACACCACCACAGAGGAAGCAUGGAGCCUUGAGGACACACUGGCGAUACUGACGGCCCGUUUCCACAAGAAGGUCAUACUGGACAUGUAUGUGUGGACAGAUGACCGAGACUCUCAGCGCCACAUCAUCUAUAUCGAUCAGCCAGGACUUGGAAUGCCAUCCAGGGACUAUUAUUUCAACGAUGGAAACUACAAAAAGGUUCGAGAGGCCUACCUACAUUUCAUGAUCUCCAUUGCCAAAAUUACCAGAGAGGACAGGAACUUGACUCAAGAUGAUGACCGAGUGUGGGAGGAAAUGAUGCAAGUGCUGGAACUGGAGACAGACAUUGCUAAUGCGACAUCACCUGCAGAGGAGCGUCAAGAUGUCACCGUUCUUUACAACAAGAUGACUCUCAAUGAACUGCAGAGUACAUUCAGCCUGAAUGGUUUCAACUGGACACGAUUUAUUCAAGGUGUCCUGUCGAGUGUUUCCAUCGAUGUCCAACAGGAGGAGGAGGUGGUGGUGUACAGCUCUCCCUAUCUUGAGAAGAUGAAUGAAGUCCUUUCCAGACACAGUGUCCGAACUGUGCAGAACUAUCUCACCUGGCAGCUCGUUAUAGACAGAGUUAAUAGCUUGAGCAGACGCUUUAAAGACGCCAGAGCCCGUUACAGAAAGACGCUAUAUGGGACAACAGUGGAGGAUGCCUGGUGGCGGGAUUGUGUCAGAUAUGUUCAGAGCAGCAUGGAGAACGCAGUUGGAGCUCUCUAUGUGCGAGAGACAUUUGCAGGAGAAAGUAAACAGAUGGUUAGUGACCUCAUCGCUAAGAUCCAGACAGCCUAUGUAGAAACGCUGGAAGAGUUAAAUUGGAUGGAUGUUCCCUCAAAGGAAAAGGCAAAAGAGAAGGCAAUGGCAAUCAAGGAACACAUUGGCUAUCCAGACCAUAUUCUACAGGAAAGCAGCCAGAAGCUAGAUCAGGAAUAUGCUCAUCUGAAUUUCAGUGAGGAAAACUAUUUUGAGAACAUCCUUGAGAACCUUAAGUCUGAAGCACACAAGAGUCUGAAGAAGCUCAGAGAGCCUGUUGAUCCUGAUUUGUGGAUCAUCGGUGCUGCUGUGGUGAAUGCUUUCUACUCACCAAACAGAAACCAGAUAGGAAUCCUGCAGCCACCAUUCUUCAGUAAACACCAACACCAGGCCCUUAACUUUGGAGGAAUAGGAAUGGUUAUCGGACAUGAGAUUACUCAUGGAUUUGAUGACAAUGGGCGUAAUUUUGACAAAGAUGGUAACAUGCUAAACUGGUGGAGUAACUUCUCUGCUGAGCACUUUAAAGACCAGUCACAGUGCAUGGUGCAACAAUACGGCAACUUCAACUGGAAGCUAGCAGGUGGACAAAAUGUCAGUGGAAUCAGUACUUUGGGGGAGAACAUUGCGGACAAUGGAGGGGUUCGUCAAGCAUAUAAGGCUUAUCUGAAGUGGGUGGAAAUGGAGGGUGAAGAGCCUCAUCUACCAGGUCUAGACUUGGAUCACAAACAACUUUUCUUUCUCAACUUUGCCCAAGUGUGGUGUGGUGCUUAUCGGCCUGAAUAUGCCAGCCAGUCCAUCAAAACUGAUGCACACAGUCCUUUAGAAUACAGGGUCCUUGGAUCACUCCAGAAUUUUGAAGCCUUCUCAGAAGCCUUUCAGUGCAAAAAGGGCAGUCUAAUGAACCCUGAGCUAAAGUGUCGUGUCUGGUAGAAGUUCUGCUAUUUUUUGACCCAAGAAACUUAAAUCAAAAGAACAAGUUUUACUUUGUUGGUCUCCCUGGGACUUUGUGCUGACAAAUUAUUCCAAUUUAUUUGGUGCAUGGUGGAGUGAUAAAACAUUUGCAUAUACAGUACUAUUUAUGUAUUGAAGAUGUGUGAAAACUGAAUGUUAUUCUGGACUACUCCCUCUUUUCAAACUUGCUAGAGCAUCCUUUUGAGUUUGAAACACUGGAUGAUGAGGUUGCUUGUUCUUUUAAGCUGAAUCCCAGCACAAAUGAAGAGCGGUAACACGAAUUAAAGGACAGCAUAGAAAUGAUAAGACAUUGUAAGAAGGUGGAGGCUGAUACGACUGGGGUGAAACGCUUUUCCAGCUUAUAACAAAGUAAUUAUUCAAAAAAAAUCUCCUCAGCACAUCUUUAUGAUUUCAGCGGUAACAUGUGGCACAGAGUUGCCUUGGUCUGAUAUGUCUUUUUUCAAGACAUUAAAAAAAGUUUAAAGAUAGCGCAAAUAGAGAGCAAAUCAAGCUCUUAUAGAAGAAUAUGAAAUUAAUUGAAUAGGAUUUUUGCUGAAGUAAGGCUACAAUGAAUUAGUCACACUCUGAGAGUUUGGUUGCGGCUAUGUUAAAAGAAAUUGCUUAAAGACUUUAAGACUGUUAAAUCUUUGCAGCUUUAAGCUUAAAUUAACAUUCAUGGAAAGCAGCAGCUUUUCAUGUUUUUACACCUGAGGUUAAACAGUCAACAUUUACACAACUUUAUAGUGCUUUUUGUGAAUCCGUUUUCUUAGUUUCUUAAAUAUGUUCUCCAAACAAUUGCUACUCUAUACUUGCAGCAGAAACCUGUGUGUCGCUUGGGAUCAUUUGCCCUGAGAAAACAAUCUCCUGGUGGAGUGUUGAUGGCAUGCAACUUUUUUAGCUUUGGCAAAAUUCCACAAAUCUUUAUAAGCAGAGUGAUGUGAUAUCAGUAUUAUUAUGAAGGUUCAGAUCCGAGUCAUAGUGCAUGUUGGAAGCUAGUUCUUCGCACUGGACUGAGUUGGGAAACAUUUUGACAUGGUUAGUUUCUCACAUAAAACUAAAAUUAAACCUAUUUGCAUUCUAUCUAUAAGUUAGAUGUCCAAAACAGGGCUUGAUCUGUGUAACAACCCCUCUUUCUUCAUAUGAUUUCCUUUGAGGAAACCCCAGCGCACAGCUAUUACAAGACUUUUUGCCUCUGGGAAUAGCCAAUUACCUGCAAGAGAGAGGAAAACAAAAGCCCUUUGAUACACUGGCAUAUGGAGAGGCAGCAGAUGAAGUGCUUUGCUUUCUCAUCUUGAAUUGAUUAAUGUCCUGUAAGAUGAAAGGACGCGCUGAAUGGAGGUGACCACCGUGGCCAAUCCACGAGCCUGCGGGCAAACAAACGGAAGGGUGUUGUCAUUAACGAGAUGGCUUGGGCCAGGACUGUUAUUUUCUACCUUUAUUAACAGGUAAUGACGGGAGAAUCAAAGCCGAGCAGAGUCCCUGCUCGGGGAGAGGUUUUGAACACACCACAAACACCCAGCCAGUUUGAAUGUUUACUGUUGCUCGUCACAAUUUAGGAUGCCUUGGUAAACUGAACACGACUGUUAGGUCUCCGCAGAGGCUGCUGAACCGAAUGUGUAUAUAGACGCUUUUUUUUGUCCGUCUUCUUCAUUUUCUGGCGAAUACUGUCGCUAUGAGCAGAGUGAGAUGACGUGAGUCUCCUAAUGUAAAAGGCCAUAGUGUUGCCGUCUCAACGCAGACGUUUGGCAGUUUGGAAAUGCACUCCACAGAGAGCACCGGUGCUACAGUCAACACUGCUUCCUUGGUGCAGGAGGGCUUGACUUCUGGGGCCUUUCUGUGCAGAGUUUCCAGAUGAUCUCCCCAUGCCUGUGUGGGUUUCCACCCAAAGACACGAAUGUCAGGAAAAAAAACAAGAUUCUGUCUAUUUGUCUCCCCGUGUUAGCCCUGUGAGGGACUGGUGACGGUCCAGAGGCACCCAGCACUCCUCCAGCGAUGGCUGAGACAGGCAGCAACUCUGAACAGCUUAAAGCUCACUCCUAAAUCAAUUGAUUCUCUUUGGUGGGAAACAGUGAGCUAUGCUCUUUAGAGUUUGUUAUAAUUCUGUCACUCCACAAGUGUCUCCUUAUAUUUUCCAAAGUAAUUUUAAUCAAACUCUUUAAGGGAUUCAGCAAAAAUAAAUAAAUCAGGCAGCGUCUUAAAACAGAUUUGAAAUUAAUAAAAUCAGUAUUUUGGAUCAUAUUUAGAACUCUAACACAGAUUUGCGUUUUCCAUCAGCCACCAUUGAACUUUAAUAAUGCAUCAUAAUUUAUAUGGAAACAGGUUUCCAACUUUUUUUCAAACAAUAAUAAAUACUUUUUUCUUGCCUCUUACAAGUUCUAGUUAAGAGGAAAGCUGUGAUAUUCUUCUGAAAAGCUCUUAAACAGAAACAAAGCCCCAAAAUCUUCCUCCCUUCGAUCCAAAUUUCCCAUCACUAACCAACUCCCCUUCUGGAAGAGUUAAAUAACUGGGCUGCAAACUUCUAAUUAUAAAGUAAAAAUAGGGUGAAAUUUCUGUUUUGAUUCGAGUCCAAUGUAUCACAUCUUCAAAAAACCAAAGCAGCCAAAGCUCGACCAAGAGAUACUGUCUGCGAGCUAGCAGAAAAGUUAAGGCCAGCAACUUAAGGCCAACUUCUGAACUGAUUCUUUCAAACUGAUUUGUUGAUUGACUGUGUCUGGCAAAUGCUGGUAAUAUAAAACUAUGUCCAAUUUUCCCUUUUGACAUGAUACUGUUAACAUGAAACUGGUGAAAAAAUCAGCGGACACUUAUUCCUGGAGUUUUUUAUGAACUCUGUGAAACAUGUCAUGGCGUUUUCACUUUCUUAUCUCCCCCCUUUUUUAAAACAUCCUCAUGCAACAAAAUGGUAACGUAGAGUUUGACCCUGUUCGAUGAAAAACUACACUAAAGACUUCCUGGCAUGAGGUAGGAAUCAAAGAGAUUCUCAUCUCAAAUCUCACAAGGCACCCUUUAAUCAUCGCUGCUGCUCCUUUAGAGACGAAGUUUAACCUGUGGUUUAGCUCCCUGAAAAAAGGUUGUUCUGGCAGACCUGCAGCGGUCAGCAGAUAAACGUCAUGAGAGCAAGAAUUUCUUGGUAAAUGUAUCAAAAUGUUGAAAUAUAUUUCAGUCUAAUGUUUUGAGAGGACACACGGCAAAUUCUAAGUGCCACUCAGCCUGUAAGUCAGCACGGAUGAAUCUUACAUGAUAAGACUGCGAUUGCCACUAAUUACCAGAGCAUCAGGAGAGGUUGCAUAGCAACGCUUCAGCAGCCAGUGGGGAUUCUAUUGCUUCAGAUUCAAAGAUGUUUGGGAUUAUUUGUGGCAAAAACUGAGAGCACAGCUUUUUGUGUUUGAUGGAGAGUCUUUCCUUUACUUUGAAAAUCCAAACUUAGCUUCUUGACCAAUAGAGGGAAGUAGGGAUAGUAUGUUGUGACUGGGUGCAAUGAUAAAUGUAACAGCGGGCACAUUUAGUUGCAUUUGGACAGGCUAGCAGCAUUUCCAGUUUCCUGUGCUAAUGUCAGCUGCAGCAAUAUUUGAUAUUUGACAGCGGUUGAGAAAAGAAACAUCUUUCUGUUAACUCCUAUUAAGCUAAGAUUACCAAACUGUCAAACUGAGGAUAAGAGGCACACUAACCUAGUCUGGAAUACAAUUUAAAAAAUGAAGCCAGAGGAUGAGUUCCAAUUCUGGGCUGUUUUUUAAAAGAACAACUAUCAAGACUCUGUUUUUUUUUGUCUGGUUUUCCUGAGCAAAAAAGUGCAAAUGGAAAACUAGAGUAUAUCAAGAGUAUAUAGAAUAAACCAUGUUGUUGUGCAUUGUGCAGAAAAUCUGAUAAAAAAUCAGGUAGUUUUAGCUUCACAUACACUUAAAUGGUUAAACUGUGUCGUUUUGAAGUUACCAGCUAAGUACAAAGGAAUCCUUUUUGCUAUAUAUGAACAAGUUUAAUCUGUAUACCCAGCAAAGAAGUUUAUUUAUCUAAAGGAAUAUUUAUGAAGUAAAACUGUUGCUUUGCAAGAACUCAGAUGUUAAAGAUGUUUCUAUGAAUGUUCCUGCUGCUAUGUAAUUAUCUAGACUGCUAUUUUUGUGACUCAGAUCUGUAAUUAUUGCCAUUAAAGUGACUGUCUCAA